AAGUUGGACUGUUUUUGUUUUUAUUCACCAACACCACCAAACGCGAGGGGAAGUAGAAAAAAAACACGACGAAAUUGUACCGCAAGCUGUUUUGGCCCCGUUUUAGGUUCCGCGAAAAGUUAGUCACUAUCAGCUAACUACUAACGCGCAGCACGUGCCGGCAUCCGACAACACGAGCACGAGGACGGUGAGAUCCCCCGAAGGGAGAACAAAAGCGACAUGGAAUCGAACGAGAGGCCCCGCACGCUGUCGCAGUACAAACGCUUUCAAACGAACGACGAGGGCCGGAAAACGUUCUCCUCCAUUGAUCAGAUAAAAACCGAAGCAUCGAUCGAGCGGAUCUACGACCGGUACGAGCAGCUGGCGGCCCUUGACGCGACCCUGCCGAAGCUGCUCCGGGGGGACCAUGCCCGCUACCUGCAGCUGUCACUCGAGCGCCUCUCGACCGCGUACGAAAGCCUGGACAGUAGCCGGCCCUGGAUGGUGUACUGGAUACUGAACGCGGCCAGCAUCCUGAACCUGCGCUUUCCGCACGAGCUGCUCGACCGGGUGGUGGACUUUCUGGUCAAGUGCCGCGGCAAGGACGGCGGCUUCGGGGGCGGACCGGGCCAGGAUCCGCACCUGGCCACGACGUACGCGGCCGUCAACUCGCUGUGCAUCAUCGGCACCGACCGGGCACUGAGCGCGAUCGAUCGGCCCUCGCUGAAGCGGUUCAUGUGGUCGGUGCGGGAGAGCAACGGCGCCUUCCGGAUGCACGUCGGCGGGGAGGUGGAUGUGCGCGGCGCCUACUGUGCCAUCUCGGCCGCCAAGCUGUGCUCCUUCACGCCGGAGGACGAGCAGCGGCUGUUCGAGGGCACGUCCGGCUGGAUCGCGGAAUGCCAAACGUACGAGGGUGGGUUUGGCGGCGCGCCCGACCUGGAAGCGCACGGCGGGUACUCGUUCUGUGCUGCGGCCGCCCUCAUGCUGCUCGGGGGCGAGAACCGCUGCGACCUGAAGGCGCUGCUCCGGUGGACGGUGAACCGGCAGAUGGCGUACGAGGGCGGGUUCCAGGGCCGCACGAACAAGCUGGUCGACGGGUGCUACUCGUUCUGGCAGGGCGCGCUCGUACCGAUCGUGCAGGGGCUUAUCGCACGGGCGGAGGGCAACCAGAGCAUCAUGAACGUGAGCCUGUUCAAUCGCUACGCGCUGCAGGAGUACGUGCUGAUAUGCUGCCAAAGACCCAACGGCGGGUUGAUCGAUAAGCCGGGCAAACCAGCCGAUCUGUACCACACCUGCUACACGCUCAGCGGACUGGCCGUCGCCCAGCACUGCGAAACACACAGCCCACCGCUCGUGCUGGGCGACGAGCGGAACGAGGUGCUGCCGACGCACCCGGUCCACAAUAUUCCACCCAAGGCAGCGCUGGACGCUUACCGGUACUUUCUCGAGCUCGAUCAACCCGGAUCGGCCAGCGAGGAGAACCACUGCAAUGGCAAAUCGGCCGACCCGAUGGACGCUUGUUCGGAGAACGAGUCCGACCGGCAAACGUCCUCGUCGCACAUGUCGUCCGAGGACAGCAGCAGCAACUACACGAGCAGCCGAGCGUCGGAAUAUUGAGCAAUGCAUGCAUGCGGCCCUCGGCUGUUUGCUGAUUGAGAUACUUGAAAGACAUUUUAGGGGACACCUCCUCUUCGGUAGGUUCGGUUUUGUGAUUGCUCUUUUCUUUUCUUUUCUUUUUUAAUAAACUGCAAAAUGUACCAAUCGUGCUUUACUCCACCACA